AUGGCCACCCGACUGGCUUGUUCGGCUGCCUCUCGAGCAAGAUCGUCAGCGCUGCGCGCUGGAAUUAGGUUGAAUGCUCCUAGGUGUCGUGCUGAUCCCUCCCGAGGGAUAGCUGCCGCCCUGAUCUCCUCCUCGUCCUGCUCAAGAACAUCAACAACCCCCACAGCAGCAAGCGGCCACACCAACACAGCACCGACCUCAACAGCAGCAGCCGCAGCAGCAGCCGCCGCCCCGGCAGCCGGAACACAGGGUGGAAAUGUCGGCACUGCUGGCACUACCUCCUCUGCUGCUGCUGAUGCAAAAGCAGGCUCGGCAGCAGAACCGUUUAGUAACACGGGCUCAGAUCCGUCCAGCACCAACACCGGAGGCGCUGACAGCAGCAGCAGCGGUGGCAGCGGCGGAGGUGGGGGCGGCGGCAGCCGAGGGCCGCUGACGUGGGGAGCUGUAGGUCUCCUCGGUAUCGUGGCAAGUCUGGCAGUGGGGUACUACCGGAUGAAGUGGGAGGAGAAGCAGAAUCGGACUGCAUCCGAGGUGACGUCCACCGGGAAGCCCGCGUUGGGCGGGCCGUUCACCCUCGUCGACAUGCACGGUAAGCCGGUGACGGAAAAGGACUACCACGGGUCCUUUGUGCUGCUCUACUUCGGCUUUUGCCACUGCCCGGAUAUCUGCCCGUCAGAGCUGGUGAAGGUAGGCGCCAUAGCUACCAAACUCGAGGAUAAGCUCGGCGCCGGCGUGGUGAAGCCGGUGUUCGUAUCGGUGGAUCCAGACCGAGACAGCCUGGCGCAGCUGAAGCACUACGCGCAGGACUUCCACCACAGCAUCGAGUACCUAACGGGCACCAAGGACCAGGUCGCCAAGGCCGCCAAAGCCUACAGGGUGUACUUCUCCAAGACAGAGGAGCACGAGGAGGGCGAGGACUACCUGUUGGAUCACUCCAUCGUCAUAUACCUGCUCGCGCCCAACGGGGACUUCUUGGAUUUCUUCACGCAACGAACCACGAUCGCCGACUGCGUCGAUAGGACCGUCAAGAACGUCAAAGACUUUAAGGCUUGAGCGGAAACGCUGGAUAGAGACAGAUGGGCGGAGGCGAGAAAGAGGAGAAGAGAGAGACUCGCCGGCUCUUCGCUGCCUGCAAACUGGACACACGCACAUCUUCCGUGUUUGUUACCGUGUGGGGGGUAGGUCGAGUGUAGCGCUCUAGAAUAUGUUGAGUAGAAUGGCAUGGUGGCGUUAGACUCCCCAGGUUUUGUAGCGAAUGGGUCGCGUGUUCGCCAUGCGAGAUGCGGGGCACAUCAGGGAUGCCUUUUACCUCGUGACGUGUGCCGUCGGAAUUUAGCCAUGCUUCGGACUAGGUUGAGGACCUUCCUUGAGAAUGAUGGAUGCGUCGAAUUUUGUUUUGCCCUCCAAGCCGUUGCGUGUUCUCGGGGGAUCGCUUCUACGCGUUCGUUUCGCUAAACCGGGGAACCAUGAAAGAAGCCCCUGGAAAUUAAAACCCGACACGACACGUCAGCUAUGCGUGGGAUUCAGCUCGUACUUUCAUCCAAGGAAGUUGUGUCACAGUCAGGAAGUGACGUCUGGACGCCAUCUGUGU